GCUUGUCAAUCCGCGAUCAUCUCUCGCUGUCUCCUCAUCUCCAUCUCGCUAACUCUAUCCUCGACGUUGACGGCGCAUCAGAUACCCAGCGAGGCCGCAGAGUCGCAAGCCUGCCUCCUCCCCUCCCUGUCUGCGACGAGCACCGCCAACUCCGUCUCCCUUCCUCUCGACCUCGACCUCGAUCCAUCCCCCGACUCCCUCCCACCUUGCUCAUCUUGAGAUGAUCAAGUUUAUUCUGGUACAGAACCGUCAAGGGAAGACGCGGCUGUCAAAGUGGUAUGCACCCUACGACGAUGAUGAGAAGGUCCGGCUACGCGGCGAGGUCCACCGACUGAUCGCGCCGCGCGACCAGAAAUACCAGUCCAACUUUGUCGAGUUCCGCAACGACAAGAUCGUGUACCGCCGCUACGCCGGUCUCUUCUUCUGCGUCUGCGUUGACUCGAACGACAACGAGCUUGCGUACCUCGAGGCGAUCCACCUGUUCGUGGAGGUGCUCGACGCCUUCUUCCAGAAUGUGUGCGAGCUCGACCUCGUCUUCUCGUUCUACAAAGUGUACGCUAUUCUCGACGAGGUGUUCCUUGCAGGCGAGAUCGAGGAGACGAGCAAACAGGUCGUGCUCGAUCGCCUCGACUACCUCGAGAAGCUCGAGUAGGUUUGGCUGGUCCAUCAUGUUGUACAGUGUGAAGGGUGCAUACAGGCUCGGUGAUCGGUGAGGCGGGGUGCAUGCAGGCUACGGUGACGGGGUUGAGAGGCUAUGUGUGCAG